ACUUUAUGUGGUGCCAAAUUUAGAAAGGAAAUACCAGUAGGUUUUUUAUCUUCUUGGGUUCUCCUCAUCACUACCUAAUUUCCUUCCUUCACUUCUAUACCUUCUGUUUUCUUGAGUCUCUUAUCUCUGCUGCUGAAGAGGAUCGUAAGUUUGACCUUCCUUCCUUCUCCACAUAUCAUCCUCAACGGUCAGGUCGACGCGUUUUGUCAGGCUUUUCACACGUGUGAGCUUUUCAAUAUGAAGGUUUCUUUCUCUUCAGUUUGCAAACAAGCUCAUCACUCCUUUCUGAACUUCUUCCCCUCCGCCACCGGCAUCAUCAACAGAGAACGUCCCUUCAACCCUAUUCGCCGGAAAGAAAAGGUGGUGUUCGUGAUGGGUCCCACAGGAACCGGAAAAUCCAGACUCUCCAUUGACCUCGCUCAUCGUUUUCCAUCAGAGAUCAUCAACUCCGAUAAAAUGCAAGUUUAUAAGGGACUCGAUAUUGUCACCAAUAAGGUCACCAAAGAGGAGCAACAGGGGAUUCCGCACCAUCUCUUGGGAGUAAUAAACCCUGAUGCGGACUUCUCUGCGGAGGAUUUCCGCCACCACGCAUCACUCGCCGUGGAGUCCAUCGUUGACCGGAAUCUUCUCCCAAUCAUCGUUGGGGGUUCCAAUUCCUUCAUAGAAGCGCUGGUGAACGAAUCUUCUCCCAAUCUUCUCCAGUUCAGGUCCAAGUUCGAUUGUUGCUUCCUCUGGGUGGACGUAUCGUUGCCUGUACUCCACUCCUUCGUGUCGGACCGGGUCGACCGAAUGGUCGAUUCCGGUCUGGUAGAUGAGGUGAGAGCGAUGUUCAAACCGGAUGCCGAUUACGGAAGUGGGAUCCGGCGGGCCAUUGGAGUACCAGAGAUGGACCGAUUUCUACGAGCCGAGCUGGCCGGGGUUGAUGACGAUGAGACUCGGGCGAGGCUCCUCGUGACGGCAAUAGACAAGAUAAAAGCCAACACUUGUAGCCUGGCACGGCACCAGUUGUCAAAGAUCCAUAGGCUGAGAGAUUUGUUGGGAUGGUGCAUACACCGGAUCGAUGCAACGGAGAUGUUCCUAAGGAGAGGUGAAGAGACCGACGUGGCAUGGGAGAAGCAGGUGAUGGGGCCAGCCGCUUCCAUCGUGUGGAGUUUCUUGCACCAACGCAGUGAAGAUGCCGAUCGUGCCAUUGUUACGUCCACUCCUAAGAUCCCAUCACUCGCCAUCACGACCACCGUCUUGGCAACCGCCGUUGCUGCAGCCACACGCUAGAUUGGGGGGCUCACCUAAUCAUCAUCAGCGAUCAGAAAAGUACCAUAGAUGAAUUACACGUGGUAUAUACACGUGUCGGCAUCUUUUUUUUUUUUUUUAACUUUCAGAGAGGUUGAUCAAAAUCGUAAAAGCGUCAAAAGGUGGUUUUUGUCGUGUUUCGGGCUCGGUACAGUGUGGGAAGCAUUUUAGAAAUCCGCAUUGGAAGGACAGAUCAGUGCACUUAGUUUCCGUACUCAAAGUUGGUUGUAUUGCUGUGGCUGCGGUUCACUGUUAUGACCCUUUGGGCCCCAAAGUUUUGCAUGGGGCACUGUCUUGGGGGGGGGGGGGGGGGGGUUCGUGGGAUCCAUUACUAGUGGGUAUGCUUCUUUGUAUUAUUCUACUUUUCCUUCCAAGACAUUGUCAUCUUUGAGAGUAUUUGAGACUUGAGUGAGAUGUGUGGUGAAUAAAUAUCUUGGCUGUUUGAUUU